GUGGUUAAAAAUACAGUCAUAUCUUCAUAAUUGCUUAACUAUUGAGUAUUUUAUUGGCCUAAUUUAAUCUAACUAUAUCAUAUUCUUGCUUUAUUAGGUCUGGGACUUGGAUGAUGGAAUUGGACAAUUAAAGGCCUAAAGGAGUUGCUGUGCUUGGACUUGGAUGUGGACAAGUUGACUUUAUUGGUUAAGUGCUUUGUAUAAUUAUCUUUAAGGAGGAGAUAAGUGUUCCCACGUGCCCAGCUCUCCAUUCUUUCUUCUACAUAUUGGAAGGCACCUUCCCUUGCCUUGCCGCAGCCCAAGCUCACCAAAUACCCAGAAUCAAUAACCCUUAAUUAAGGGGGAGUGAAGGAAAUUGAAUAAGUAUGAAGAGCCCAAUCUCCGUGAAACAAGAGAACCAAGAUCGACAUCAUAUCAAGAUGGAAGGAGAUCUCCCAAUUAAACCAGAUUCUGAGAAGAAGUGGAAAGCAAUUAAACUUCAUCAAAUGGCUCCUAGUAUUUUGGGGAUUGGAUUCUUCUUCAGAUUUUCUUGGGGGCAAAAGUGAAAGGUUAUAAAGAGAGGUUGGAGCAGAUUUCUCUUCUCUCUUCUUCUCCUUCAACCUCAGUUCAUCUUCUGCGUUGUACUCUUCCAAACUUAUGGAUCUUUUUGCUUUCAUUUUUCUUAUGGAGAACUAAUUUCCUAGCUAAGGCUAGGGGAGAAACUUUGGAUUUCCUAUGUAGUUUUUAUUAAUUCGAUUCGACAAGAACUUCAAUGCAAAUUCAGUUUUUGGAUGUUCAAAUUUAAUUUCUGCAUUUACUUUUUGAUUGAUUGAUGGGUAUUUGAUAAUCUAUUUCAUAGGAUCAGCCAUGUUUUUCCUAUUGUGUAGUAAAAAUAUCCAUGCUUUUGAGACUAAGUAGAGUUGCAGAGUGAUAAACAAUUUCGUUGGAAUUGUUUCUUGAUAGGUUGUUGCCAUAGGUACAGUUUAUACUUGAACUAUUCUUACAGAAAUUGAUUGGGCCUUGUGUAUUUGAACUAGCUUAAAUUGAAAUCAUCCUUAGUGUCAGUUUUCUUGAAUAAGUUUCAAGGGAGAGAGUUGAAUUAAUAUGAUUGCAUAGGUGAUUUAAAGUGGAACCCCGAAACCUUAGUGUAUGUCCUUAUUGGAUUUUCUCCUCAACUAAACUCAUUCAAAUUGUUUUCUUUUCAGUUUAUUCAUCAUUCUGUGUUUUUCUCACUGUUCUCGGCGGAAACGACACUCGUACUUCUGAGUUUAUACUACUACACGAUUCCUGCACUUGGGAUUAGCAAGCAAUUUUUGGCGCCGUUGCAGGGGAGCGUUUGACGAAGCACACAGAAUAUUUCUACAAUUGGUACAUUCGUUCCAUUUUCUUUUUAAUUUUGUUAGUGUUAGUUAGUUUUGUUUGUUUUCAUUCUUAUGCGUUAUAGAGAUCAGUUAGGUAGAUUUGCUAAAAAGCCUGAGUGUGAAACUUUGUUUGGCAAUUUGUUUGAGUCUUCGAGUUCGUCUGCAUCAUCUGUAAACAUGGUAGACGAUGACAAUAAUAAUGUAAACAAUGACCAAAACAAUGUUUUGAAUAAUGUGCUCAACAAUAAUCUGCUUCCCCCACCUCCUCCACCUAGGACUUUGCAGACUUACUUGCAUCCUGCACGUAAUGCUCAGCCUUCUUGCAUCAUGUUACCACCUAACAUGCCCAACAUUGAUUUUAGACCUGGCAUUGUUCAACUCCUUCCUGCAUUUCAUGGUUUGGAAAAUGAAAAUCCAUAUGUGCAUGUUAGGGCAUUCGAGGAAGCAGUCACUGCAUUUUAUGAUCAAGCUGCAGCCAUUGAUUUUGUCAAACUAAAAUUCUUUCCAUUUUCUUUGCGGGACAAGGCAAAAGCUUGGUUGUAUUCUUUAGGGGCUAGAUCUAUAGGUUCUUGGGCUGAAAUGACUGAAGCAUUUUUCAAUGAGUAUUUUCCUAAUCAUAAGACAAUGGCCUUAAAGAGAAAGACUGCUAAUUUUGCUCAAAAUGAAAAUGAGUCAUUGUAUCAAACUUGGAAAAGAUUUAAGGAACUCUUGAGCUUAUGCCCACAUCAUGGUUUUGAAACUUGGCGGCUGGCCAGUUGUUUUUAUGAGGGACUUCUCCCUCGUGACCGUCAGUUUAUUGAGUCUAUGUGCAAUGGAAAUUUCCUGAAAAAAGAUCCUGAUGAAGCCAUAGAGUUUUUAGAUGAGAUUGCUAAGAAGGCUCACCAAUGGAGUGACUCUUCUACUUUUGAGAGCACAGAUCGCUCCAAGCCCUCCACACCUUCUGUGAGUAAGGGAAUUUUUCAAUUAAAAGAAGAAGACCACUGGAAGAUGAAAUAUGAGACCUUACUUGCUGGUUUGAAUAAAUCUCACACGCCUCAAACGGUUAAUUGUAAUCAAGUUUGUGAUUAUUGUUAUGAGAUUGGUCAUUUUGGUCAAAAUUGUCCUUCUUUGCAGGUGAUGAAUGAGCCACAAGUCGCUGCAUUGGGAAAUUUUCAGCGACAAUAUUCGCCUUAUUCGGAGACUUACAACCCAGCAACAAAGAAUCAUCCCAACUUUCGUUGGAGGAAUGAGUCUCACCCCCAGGUAAGUGUCCCUAACCCUCAAUUUUCAGCACCUAAUACAUUUAAUUCUAAGCCAUCUCUGGGAGACACUCUUCAGACAUUCAUGCAAGAGCAGCAAAAACAAAGUCAAAGGUAUGAUGCAAUGUUCACUAAAUAUGAUUCUAUGUUUGGUCAGAUAGUUGAACAGAAUAAGGAAAUUAAGAAUCAGAUUUCUAAAUUAACCAAUUCUCUUGCUUUUAAUGAAAAAGGGAGGUUUCCUUCUAAUACUGAGCCAAAUCCCAAACGUGUCAAUUCGGUUGAAAUAGUUGAGCAUGCUGAUUCAAUCACUCUUAGGAAUGGAAGAACAAUUGAAAAUGCACCUCCUGUUAAAGAGGUAGAGAAACCUAAGAGUAAAAAUGAAUUUGAUGAGUCUAAAGAGAAUGAAAUUGUUGAAAAUCAUUCUGUUCCUGCACCAUUUCCCAAAGCUUUACUUCCUUUAAAGAAAGUGAAUCAGAAUUCUGAAAUUUUUGAUCUUUUUAGGCAAGUAAAAAUAAACAUUCCCUUGUUAGAUGCAAUUAAGCAAGUGCCAUCUUAUGCAAAAUUUUUGAAAGACUUGUGCACUGUGAAAAGGAAGCAUAAUGUGAAGAAAACUGCAUUUUUAGCUGCUCAUGUUAGUUCAGUACUUCAAAGUAAAAUUCCUCCAAAAUACAAAGAUCCCGGUAGUCCUACUCUUUCCUGUGUCAUUGGAGAACAUUUUAUUGAUCGUGCUUUACUUGAUUUGGGUGCUAGUGUAAACUUACUUCCUUAUUCAUUGUACCUGCAGCUAGGUCUCGGUGAGCUUAAGCCUACAAAGCUUAAAUUGCAGCUGGCUGAUCGUUCUGUAAAAAUUCCAAGGGGAAUGAUUGAGGAUGUGUUGGUCCAAGUGGACAAAUUUUAUUAUCCUGUUGAUUUCUUUGUUUUGGAUACGGAACCUGUUUUACACUCUGAGAAUCAGAUUCCUGUUAUUUUAGGACGUCCAUUCUUAGCUACAUGUGAUGCUAACAUUAGUUGCAGGAGUGGAGUGAUGAAAUUGAGUUUUGGGAAUAUGACAAUGGAAGUUAAUAUUUUUAAUGUGUUUAGGCAGCCAUAUGGAGAUGAGGAAUGUGAAUUUGUUGAUUUUAUUGGAACUCUAAUGCAUGAACAAUUUGUGAAGAGCAGCGUUGUAGAUGUGUUAGAAAAUUUUCUCAUGAAUUCACAUGAUUCUAAUGCUGCUGAAAUUGCUGAAAUAAGUUCAUAUUUUGAUUCUUUUCAGGUCCAAGGAGUGAAUGGAUGGACACCUAAAUUUGAGAAGCUUCCACCGCGAGUUGAGAGCAAACCAUCAAGUGUACAGGUGCCAAAACUGGAGCUGAAACCUUUGCCAACGGGCUUAAAACAUGCAUUCUUGGGUCCAAACGACACUUUUCCUGUGGUAAUAUCCUCUUUACUUACUAUUGAACAAGAAGGUAUGUUGUUAAAUGUCUUGAAGGCCCAUAAAGCUGCUAUAGGUUGGUCUAUUGCUGAUAUUAAGGGAAUUAGCCCUCUUGUUUGCACACAUAAGAUUUUUUUAGAAGAGGAUGCUAAACCAUCUAGGGAGCCACAAUGUAGACUAAACCCAAACAUGAAAGAAGUUGUUAAAACUGAGGUCUUGAAAUUGUGGGAUGCGGGUAUUAUUUAUCCAAUUUCUGACAGUAAAUGGGUUAGUCCUACACAGGUUGUACCUAAGAAAUCUGGAAUAACAGUGAUCAAGAAUGAUAAAAAUGAAUUGGUUCCUACUAGGGUUGUUUCUAGUUGGCGCAUGUGCAUAGACUAUAGGAAACUUAAUUCCACAACUAGGAAAGAUCAUUUUCCCUUACCUUUCAUUGAUCAAAUUUUAGAAAGGGUUGCAGGCCAUGAGUUUUAUUGUUUUCUAGAUGGUUACUCAGGUUAUUAUCAAAUUGAAAUUGCCAUUGAAGAUCAAGAAAAAACCACUUUUACAUGUCCAUUUGGUACGUUUGCUUUUCGUAGAAUGCCAUUUGGUUUGUGUAAUGCCCCUGCCACAUUUCAAAGAUGCAUGAUUAGUAUUUUCAGCGAUAUGGUAGUACAAUUUCUUGAAGUUUUCAUGGAUGACAUAUCUGUUUUUGGUGAUUCAUUUGAUGAAUGUUUGUCUAAUCUAGAAAGAGUGUUGAUAAGAUGUGAAGAGAAAAAUCUUGUUCUGAACUGGGAAAAGUGUAAUUUCAUGGUCCCUUCCGGAAUUGUUCUUGGUCACAUUGUUUCUUCUAAGGGAAUUGAAGUAGACAAGUCUAAGAUUGAACUGAUUGCUAAAUUACCUGUUCCAAAGAGCAUAAAAGAUGUUAGAUCCUUUUUAGGACAUGCUGGUUUUUAUAGGAGAUUUAUAAAGGAUUUCAGUGCCAUAUCUAGACCUUUGUGUAAUCUCUUGUCUAAAGACACUCCAUUUGUUUGGACUGAUGCUUGUCAGGUUGCUUUUGAAAGAUUAAUUGGAUUGCUCACUUCUGCUCCUAUUAUGUAAUCACCUGAUUGGAAUUUGCCUUUUGAAAUUAUGUGUGAUGCUAGUGACUUUGCAAUAGAGGCUGUUUUGGGGCAAAGAAAAGAUAAGAAACCAUAUGUCAUUUACUAUGCGAGUAGAACUUUGAAUAGUGCUCAAAUGAAUUACUCGACAACUGAAAAAGAGCUCCUUGCAGUAGUAUUUGCAUUAGAUAAAUUUCGUGCUUACCUUGUUGGAUCGCCUAUUGUUGUUUUUACUGACCAUGCAGCUCUAAAAUACCUUCUCACCAAGAAGGAUGCUAAGGCUCGACUUAUUAGGUGGAUCCUCCUACUCCAAGAGUUUGAUAUCACUAUCAAAGACAAAAAAGGAGUAGAGAAUGUGGUGGCAGACCAUUUAUCCAUAUUGGUUUUUGAUGAAAAUCCUGACUUGCAGCCUAUUAAUGAUUCUUUUCCUGAUGAGAAACUUUUUGUUAUUUCGGAAUUACCUUGGUUUGCUAACAUUGUUAAUUAUCUUGUCACAGGUAAAAUCCCUCCAGAUUGGAAUGCACAAGAUAGGAAAAAGUUCCUGGUGGAGGUACGCAGUUUCUUUUGGGAUGACCCUUAUUUAUUUAAAUAUUGUGCAGACCAAAUUUAUAGGAGAUGUGUACCUGAGAAUGAAAUGCAUGAUGUGAUUUCCUUUUGCCAUAAUGAAGCAUGUGGUGGCCACUUUUCUGUUAAAAAAACAACUGCUAAAAUUUUGCAAUGUGGAUUUUAUUGGCCAACUCUGUUUAAGGACACCAAUGCAUAUUGUCGAACAUGUGAGCGUUGUCAAAAGUUAGGAGCCAUAACUCGUAGAAAUAUGAUGCCUUUGAAUCCCAUUUUAGUCAUUGAAAUAUUUGAUUGUUGGGGCAUUGAUUUUAUGGGUCCGUUUCCCUCAUCUUUUGGAUAUCUGUAUAUCUUGGUAGGCAUUGAUUAUGUAUCUAAAUGGAUUGAGGCUGUUCCUUGUAGGAAAAAUGACCAUAAAACUGUUUUGAAAUUUUUGAAAGAAAAUAUUUUCUCUCGACAUGGAACACCUAGGGCUAUUAUUAGUGAUGGGGGUAAGCAUUUUUGCAAUAAGCCUCUCGAGGCCUUGAUGAAGAAAUAUGGAGUUACUCAUAAAGUGGCCACCCCUUAUCACCCACAAACAAGUGGCCAGGUUGAACUUGCCAAUAGGGAAAUAAAACAAAUUUUGGAAAAAACAGUGAACCCAAACCGCAAGGAUUGGUCUUUACGACUAAUUGAUGCACUUUGGGCUUACCGUACAGCUUAUAAAACCCCAAUUGGUAUGUCCCCCUAUAGAUUAAUCUAUGGAAAAGCUUGUCACUUACCUGUAGAAUUGGAACACAGAGCCUAUUGGGCGAUCAAGACAUUUAAUUUUGGUCUGAAUGAUGCCAGUUCUCUUAGGAAACUUCAGCUGAAUGAAUUGGAAGAAAUUCGGAAUGAAGCAUAUGAAAAUUCUAGGAUUUACAAGGAACGAAUGAAAGUUUUCCAUGAUAAGAAAAUUUUGAGAAAAACUUUUGAACCUGGUCAAAAAGUUCUUUUGUAUAAUUCUAGAUUGCAUUUGUUUCCUGGUAAGCUUCGCUCUAGAUGGACAGGUCCGUUCGUGGUUAAACGAGUUUUUCCAUUUGGUGCUAUUGAAAUUGAGGACCCAAAGAAUGGUAAUGUGUUUAAAGUCAAUGGGCAGCGUUUGAAACCAUUUUUGGAGAGUAUUGUUCUAGAGGAUGAAACCAUCUCUCUAGAUAAUCCUAUCUAUGCAGACUGACUUGUUGGACUCUCAGUCCGUCUGUUGUAAAUGUAACAUUGUUUUCAGUUCUGUUUAUUUUUCUUUUCUUGUCCGGUCACUAACAAGUUGCAGAGUCUUGCUUGGGAACAUCUCUUCUUUCAGGUGCACUCUUUCCUACUCACUCUUUACUUUUAUUAACUUGUCUGUUAUCUCUUGCUAUUGAUUAUCACAUUGAGGACAAUGUUUAUUUGAAGUUGGGGGGAGCAGCAACUUGUCAGUUGUGUCUUGGUUUAUUUUGAUUACUAUUUAUUUCAAUUUUGGUACUGUUCACCGUCGUCACUGUUCACAUAGUGUCCAAAAAAAAAAAAUUUCGUAAUUCCUUUGAGGUUGCUUACUUCCCAAUACGAUGAUGAGACAUUAGUGAUACUUCCUGUAUGGCAUGGAGAAAUACUUGAGAUUUUGGUGGUUAAUUUGAGAUAUGAGCGUUAGCUUUGCAUGUUGUCCUUUUGCGAGAUAAUCUUCAUGACAUUUGGGGUUGUUUCAGCCAUGUUAGUAGUGUUCAAGGUUUUGGAAUUUACAUGGACUGGAAAGUCAUAAAAUAAGUGGAGACUUAUAACCCAAAGUGAGAUUUGAGCUAUUCUUUUAUUGUUGAGGGUUAUAUAUGAAAUCUUAUUUUCUUUCUGUGCUAAAUACAUUUUCGAUGAUCUCAUUAUUCUUCUAUUUUGAUCAAUCACCGAGAAUUCAUUGCCUUGGAUUAUUACACUAGAACUUCCUUUAAUGUCUCUCGAAGCGUAAAAGUUGACCACAUGAUGACUGGGAAGGGAUUAAGGCACUUAGGAUUACCUCUAUUGCCAUAUAUGCCUGUGUCCUAUACAAUCAUCCCCUAGAUAACCAUUUUGAGCCUUAAAAUAAGCCUUUUUCAUUCUUAACCAUACUCCCCUACCAUGCUCCAAUAUUGGAGUUAAGCCUCAUAUAUAUACCAAUCCCCUUAUUUUCUGAGAAAUUAUUAGAGAUGGUUUGUAUUCAUAGAAAUGUUCUCCUUUGAUUAUUACUGUACUAUUGGUGGAGAGAUGGUUAGGAAAGUUAAAAAAAGAAAAGAAAAAAGAAUGAAUGAGGGAAGGGUGAAAUUUUGUGCUUUUGGAAUCUGCAAAUAUGUGCUCGCAGUCUUACUAUAUGUAUGCAGAUUUAAUGAAUGAAGGGAGUGAAAAAAAAAAAAAAAGUGCAGCAGAAGUUAAAAAAAAAAAAAAA